UGCGCCGCGGGGCCGCUCCCGCCCCGUCCCGUCCCUCCCCUCCGCGCCCCGCGGCUCGUGUGACCGGAGCGGCGGGAGUCGGUCCGCGCCCGUCGGGGAGGCCCUGAGCCCGCACCGCCACCGCCACCGCCACCGGCACCGCCGGCCGCGGACGCGGGGAGGGACGGACGGAGGGAGGGAGGCGAGGCGGCCUUCCGGGUGUCCGGCACCAUGAGCAUCGAGAUCCCGCCGGGCCUCACCGAGCUGCUGCAGGGCUACACGGUGGAGGUGCUGCGGCACCGGCCGUCCGACCUGCUGGGCUUCGCCGCCGAGUACUUCGCCCGCCUGCGGGAUGCCCGCGACCAGGAGGCGGGCGAUGGCCGCAGGGUGGUCAGCUUCGACGGGGAGCCCAUGCAGACCGAGUCCAACGGCGACGAGGAGCCCGACCGCGGCGACGACGAGUCCGACUCCGACUUCGAGCCUCCAGUUGUUAACCGAUACAACAGAAGAGUAUCAGUUUGUGCUGAAGCUUUCAAUCCAGAUGAAGAGGAAGAAGAUACAGAGCAAAGGGUAGUUCAUCCAAAAACUGAUGAACAGCGAUGCAGACUGCAGGAAGCAUGUAAAGAUAUCCUGCUCUUCAAAAACCUAGAUCAGGAGCAGCUGUCUCAGGUCCUUGAUGCCAUGUUUGAGAGGAAGGUGAAACCUCAGGAACAUGUGAUUGACCAGGGUGAUGAUGGAGAUAACUUCUAUGUCGUUGAGCGAGGACUGUAUGAUAUUGUUGUAGCAAAAGACAACCAGUCUCGCUGUGUGGGCCGCUACGAUAAUCACGGCAGUUUUGGGGAACUGGCAUUGAUGUACAACACUCCUAGAGCUGCCACCAUUGUUGCCACAACAGAAGGAGCCCUUUGGGGACUGGAUCGAGUGACGUUCAGAAGAAUUAUACUGAAAAACAACGCAAAGAAGAGGAAGACAUAUGAAUUAUUUAUUGAGUCUGUGCCCCUUCUUAAAUCCUUGGAGGCAUCAGAGCGAAUGAAGAUAGUGGAUGUUAUAGGAGAGAAGGUAUAUCAAGAUGGGGAACGUAUAAUUUCUCAGGGUGACAAAGCAGACUGUUUUUACAUUGUAGAAUCUGGAGAAGUAAAAAUCUUGAUUAAAAGCAAGACUAUGACGUGUAAAGAAGCUAAUCAAGAGGUGGAGAUUGCCCGGUGUCACAGAGGGCAGUAUUUUGGAGAGCUUGCACUUGUUACCAACAAACCCAGAGCAGCCUCUGCCUAUGCUGUGGGGGAGGUCAAAUGUUUAGUCAUGGAUGUGCAAGCGUUUGAGAGGUUGCUUGGACCCUGCAUGGACAUUAUGAAGAGGAAUAUAACACAUUACGAGGAGCAACUGGUGGCGAUGUUUGGCUCUAGCAUGGACCUGAUGGAUCCAGGGAAUUAGGCACAGGGUACCUCAAUGCCUUCUUAGUUCAAGACACAGAAAAGCCUCCUAUCAGCAACACAACUCACAAGGACAACGGACACUAUGGAACAGUUACUGCUGCUGUUUUCUUGGGCAUUUUAGAAACCAUAAACAAGUCUCAGCACAGAUGGAUUGCUCACUCCUCCCUGCCUCCACUUUGCUGCUGAUACUUCAUUAUUAGACCUAGAUUAAAGAUGAUUCUAACCCUAUGUUCACUUACUUGGUUCAGAAUGGCGUUUGUCCAACAGUUCAAGUGCCUGAUACGAAACCCAAAGUGUGCAAGAUUUGGAAGCCUCCUUCCUUCUGGGUGUUACUACUGGGAUAAAUUGUCCUGUCAGAUUCUGUAGUGGGAGGCUGCCUGUUCUGCCGAGGCAGCCUGUGGAAGACAAGCCUUUUAUGGGCUGAUUACCUUCAUCUGAUGCUUUCCUUACAGUGUCAAAUUUGCUUUUAAUUGUAGCAUCUGGGUUUGAAGUUAAAGUAUCAAUGGAGCCAAUGAAUAAGAUGGCACUGAAGUUUUGGUCCACCUGCUGAAAGCAGCAGGUAAUAAAUACAGAAAGCUCUUUAAACCAAGUAAACCGAGCUGGGGACAUGGGAGAGUCUGCUUAGCAACCAGAUGCAGAAAACAUUUUUAAGUGUUUUCUGAGCAGCAAAGAAAAUUGGUAUACUCUAUGCUGUCCAACAAAGUGCAGUGGUUCAGAUCAAAUGGCCUGAAAGUGUCAUAAUUGUCAUCUCCCCAAAUUUCCUCCUUCUUCCUGACACUGAGUACAUUUUAUGGUGGUGAGAUCACAAUAUAUGACCUUCUCUUGCUUACAGAGAUCCUUUAUACUGCUACAUUUCCCGGGGUGCAGCUGUCGACUGGGUCAGUUUUAAAGCUUUUUAAGGAGGUGAAUGUUUUGUAAUUUAAAUGAAGACUACUUCUGUACUUGUUUACAGGAGCUUUCCCCUAGUCCUAACAUUUCACAGUAUUUUAACUUCAUUAGACACUUGAAUGCUUCCAAGUACCACGUUGAUUUGCUAAACUUUUCAAAAGUUGGCAACAUUUGACUUUGUAAAGCAAAUGUCUUUGCUAACUACGCAGUUGGUGUGUUUGAGGAGUCUUUUUGGUUUAGGUGAUAACUAAGCUAAUGAUGUUUAUCUAAAAUACCUGUUAAAUUUGCAGCAUUUAUUAGGUAGAUUCUGUUUCUAUAGCUUUAAGGACCUUAAUUGGCAUAUGGCUGAGAUUUUAUCAGGGUAUUAUCUAAAUAAGAAUCAGACCAUAAGAAGGACAUUUUUAUGGUGUACAAACAGUAUAUAUAUAUUAAGACAUUGAAUUUGGAGGUAAUAAAUCUAGUGACCCUUUGAAUUUGCAUUCUUCCACAGCUCAUGCAAAACAUACUGGUGUUUUAUGGGGUAAUACAAUUUUAAUUGUGAAUACUAGUGUAACAGAACUUGCUCUUUUUAUUCAUGGCCAUGUAAGCAAGAAUGGAAGGAUGCUAAUCUUGAAUUCUUGCUUUUAGUUAUCACAGGGGACAUUUCUCUAAGGCAUGAGAUGCUUAGCAUAAGCAACUCUUAAGUUGAUUUCUGGACAGUUUUUCCCCGUAGUGGAUGAGCUCCUCCCAUUUCCUGCAAUAUGAGUAAGAUGGAAAGUUGGUAAAUUUGAAUGGCUGUUGUCCAGUUACUGUAAUUGCAGUCAUAUUUUUAUAUAAUGCAAAUUAUUUGUAAUGGACACCACUGAAUUUGGUGUUUCCAUAUUAUUAAAGUCCUGGUCGUGAUGUCUAGUGGCUGUUCUAACUGCAUGUAUUUUAGAACAGUGAAUUUCACUUGCUUUCCUGGGCUGUUUCUUUGUCAUAAAUUACAGCCAAAGAAGAAGCAGAGACUUUUCACUCAUGCUUCCAAGGUUUAACACCAAAGACGAAAAUAAUUGUUUUCAUCACAGAAUUUAAAAAACCAAACAAAACCCAAACAAAACCAACAAGAAACAGAAGAAAAACAAAAAGAAAAAACUCCACUCAUCAGCUCUUUGCAGUGAUAGCAGAUAUAACUUCAAGAUUCUUUGGGCUCCUUGACAGAGAGAGUUUUUGAAGCCAGCUCGUGACUGUCCUGUGUACCAAACAAGAACUGGUCUCUGAACCAGCCUGAGUUUCUGUGCUGCCUAAACUGUCAUGUGAGCUAAAGAGAAACUUGCUGUGAAUAAUCACCAGCUGGCCUUUGUUGCUCCCAGAGAGAAUAUCCUCUCCUUUAUCGAGAGGAGCCUGGCAGGUUGGGCUGCCUUACAGAUGGAUUCUGGUUCUUAAUGCCUUUGGUUCUGUGCAGGACAGGACUGUAACCUCAGGCACAGGCAAACACAGGCUUCCAAAGCUUCACCGAAACCCAGGCAAGGCUGAUGUCAGAUUCUUGAGAUAUUUCUGCCUGGAAGGCAGGAUUUGAUGGUUUCUAGAAGUCAAAGGAAAAGAUGAGAAUAUAAAAUCAAAAGAUUGGGAUCCCCUGCGAACAAGAAAAAGCUUUUGAAGUUUUACUUUUCUCUGGACUCCCUGGAGCAAUGGCAAUACUGGGCAAUGCCAUCCUGCAUCCAGGGUCUGUGCAGCAUCAUUCUGUGGUGUAGAGAGGCAGCUGACUUUGACCUGAAAGAGAAUGAGCUGCUAAGAAGGCUUACCCAUUUAAGAACUAUAAUGUGCAAUGUGCCUGAUUAGUUGGGUCUAGUUUAACCAACCUGUUUGUACAGUUUUGGAGCAUGAAGGUAGUGAAAGAAGCUUUAGUAAGAUACUCAAUAUUGCCAGGAAUCUGGUUAGAUGACCAGCAGUGAGCAAAAUUUGGCCAUGUGCGAGUGCUGAUACCAAGUCUAGGGAGCGACUACAGCACCUGUUUGUGACCAUCUGCCCCAUCCCUGUAUCUCAGCUUGUUCCUUUGCACUCUUGCAGUUGUUGCAGAGGGUAAGCCCAGGUGUUUUGUUACUGCUCAAUGUUCAGUAAAUCUGCUACUGAGUCUCUGAAAUCGGCACUAACAAGAGAUUUAGUUUUUAAUAAAACAACUCAGCAGCAAAGUGGGCACAGAGGAUCGCGUUUUCGAGGCUUAGAGGAAGACAAAUCUCCUGUUUGUGAUUCCCUGCUUGUGAUUGUGGUGAAGUCAGUGAGAGGAGCUUUCAGUGGUUAAAUAUCCUGGCACUUGGUAUUUCUGUCUAAUGUCACAGCACAGGUUUGAAAAUGUAAAAGAACAAAAAAGAGCGGAAGUGCUCUCUUCUUAGAAACACAAGUGCAAAACUUAAAACUUUAAAAAUAAAGUGCAAUUUUGCACAGAGGGCAAAAAACCCCUGAAAUCCCUUUGAAUGUCACUUCCAUUCUUUCUUUUCUAUUGGCUGAAAGCAGACUCUUGUUCUUGACUUGUAUUUGUAAAGUAGUCUUGCCAAAAUACAAACACGUUGGGUUUUUUCAUUUCGGAUAAUUUUUGUUGUUGAUCAUUUUAACUUUUUUUCAAACCAUAAAUUUUAUUUCAAGAGGCCUUCCCUGUGGAUUUCCUCCUGGCGCUCUGCAGCACUACACUGCUGUUUCAAGAGGCAAGAGAAAGUCACCUCACAGGAGACACUCAACGCUGCUUAGCUGGCUGGAGCUAAUAAUGCGCUACUAAUUUUCCUCUGUGGGGCAGGAGGGGAAUUAAAUUCUGCAUAAAGUUGCUACCUCAAGGCUCCAAGUGCUUUUAAAGGUCUUUCACUUGGGAGAAUUUAAUAAGACAGUUCUUAAAAUUGGUCUGUUUUUUUGAGUUAAAUGUUUUUGGGGUUUUUUUUAUUCAUUGAGGGACCCUUAUUUUAAUUCAUUUUAUUACUUGAUUCUCAAAGGAUGAACAGCUGCGAAGUUUGGUUCUUGCACUGUAGUGUUGAACAUGAAAGAAAAAUAUCUGCCAUAUAAACAUAUGGUUUUAACAAGUUAAACCACUCUGGGGUUCAGCUUCACUUUUGGUUAAUAAAAAACUGACCUGUUGUGUCCAGCCUUCCUGUACA